AGAUGUUGACCGUUUGCCGAAAGCAAAGACAUAUAUUUAUGUUAAGUUGUAAAGAUAUCAGAAUGAAUUGCAAAUGUUUGGAUGCAUAUUGUUCGUGUUUAUGUAUUUCACGCAAUGUAUAUUCAUAUUAAUAUCUUGUUCGGUUCGCAAACACGGGGACGCUUCUUCCGUUUUCGGGGACGACGAUGCGUGGGGACUUUACAUUUGUAGUUUUUUUGGACGUUAGCGAAAAUUCGCCGCAAUGGCGGAGGGAGCCGCAGCUGCGGUUGGAGCUGGUCUCGAUGUAAACACAGCUGGAAACCCGACAGAAGUCGCUAUGGCGUAUUUACAAGACGAGAAGACUGAUGGAGACAUCGCUAACCUCAACCUGGGAGAACUGGACCUCACCACUGAUGAAUACAUCUUGGAUGAAGUGGACAUUCACAUCCAGGCCAAUCUGGAAGAUGACCUUGUGAAGGAGGCGCUUAAAACGGGUGUUGACCUCAGGCAGUACUCCAAACAGGUGGAGGCAGAGCUGCAGAGGAUCGAACAGGCCUCCAUCAAAGACUACAUCAAGGAGAGUCAGAACAUCGCUCUUCUGCACAACCAGAUCACCGCCUGCGACUCCAUACUGGAGCGUAUGGAGGGCAUGUUGAGCGGCUUCCAGAGCGACCUGUCGUCCAUCAGCAGUGAGAUCCAGACUCUGCAGCAGCAGUCGGUCAGCAUGAACGUGCGGCUGAAGAACAGGCAGGCCGUACGCAGCCACCUCAGCCAGCUGGUGGACGAGCUGGUGGUGCCCGGAGCCAUGAUCUCCACCAUCCUGGACAGUCCCGUGACGGAGCAGGAGUUUCUGGAGCAGCUCCACGAGCUCAACAACAAGAUCAACUUUGCCAAAGAGCUGAGCUUCAGAGAGACACUGGCCUGCUCCGACAUCCAGGACAUCGUCGACCGCCUCAAACUCAAGGCGGUAUCAAAGAUCAGAGAGUUCAUUCUUCAGAAGAUCUACUCCUUCAAGAAGCCAAUGACCAACUACCAGAUACCACAGAACACUCUGCUGAAAUACAGAUUUUUCUACCAGUUCCUUUUGGCCAAUGAGAGGACAGUUGCGAAAGAGAUCCGAGACGAGUACGUGGACACGAUGAGCAAAAUUUACUACAGUUACUUCAAGUCGUACAGCGGCCGGCUGCUCAAAGUGCAGUAUGAGGAGGUGGCAGACAAAGAUGACCUGAUGGGGGUAGAAGACACGGCCAAGAAAGGUUUCUUCUCCAAACCGUCUCUGAAGAGCAGGAACACCAUCUUCACUCUGGGCCAGAGGGGGGCAAUACUGAGUCCUGCUGAGCUGGAGGGGCCGAUCCUGGUUCCACAUACAGCUCAGAGAGGAGACAGCAGGUAUCCCUAUGAGACGCUGUUUCGCAGUCAACACUACGCUCUGCUGGACAACGGCUGCAGAGAAUACCUCUUCCUGUCAGACUUCUUCAUGGUGGCAGGAAACUCUGCCCUCGACCUCUUCAACAGCAUCAUGGGAAAAACUCUUGGCAUGUUAGUGAAGAGUAUGACCGCCUAUGUGUCCGACUGCUACGACAGCAUCGCCGUCUUCCUGUGUAUCCACAUCAUCCUGAGGUUCAGAGCCAUCACCGCCAAGAGGAACAUCCCCGCCCUCGACAAGUACUGGGAGGCGGUGUUGGAGCUGCUGUGGCCGAGGUUCGAACUGAUUCUGGAGAUGAACAUCCACAGCAUCAGAAACACCGACCCUCAGAAACUGGGAGUGCUGGACACCAGACCACACUACAUCACUCGUCGUUACGCAGAGUUCUCGUCAGCCAUCGUCAGCAUCAACCAGACAUUUCCCAACGAGAGAACCAACGCUCUGCUGGGACAGCUGCAGGUUGAGGUGGAAAACUUUGUGCUGAAGAUGGCGGCAGAGUUUCCCUCCAGAAGGGACCAGCUCAUCUUCCUCAUCAACAACUACGACAUGAUGCUCGGCGUCCUCAUGGAGAGGGCAGCAGAUGACAGUAAAGAGGUGGAAGGUUUCCAACAGCUGCUCCUGGCCAGAACACAGGAGUUUAUCGAGGAGAUUUUGUCUCCUCCCUUUGGAGGGAUGAUCGCCUUCGUGAAGGAGGCCGAGGCGCUGAUGGAGAAAGGGCAGCUGGACCGGCUGAAGAAUGAGGAAGCUCGGAUCACUCAGCUGGUUCGGGGCUUUUCCGGCACGUGGAAGCAGUCGGUGGAGUCGAUGAGUCAGGACGUGAUGAGGUCUUUCACCAACUUCAAAAACGGAACCAGCAUCAUACAGGGCGCUCUGACCCAGCUAAUCCAGUACUACCACGGCUUCCACAAGAUCCUGAACCAGCCCACGUUCCGCAGCCUGGCGGUCCGCUCCGAGCUCAUCAACCUGCACCACCUCAUGGUCGAGGUCAAGAAGCACAAACCCAACUUCUAACGGGACGGGGUGUUCUUUCGUCUGCGGGGUAAACGGUCCGCUUCAAUACAAACCAGAAACAUGAGCACGAUACAUGAAAGCGUCCGGGGUCUGGAGGUGUGGAUUCCCUCCAGUUUCCUCCUCAUGCCUUUCAGCUGAAGAGCGUGAGUCAUACUGUAAAUGUCGGAAAGCACUAACAAAGCCAAACCAGACUCGCUCUCCAUUUUCCCCCCGGCUGAAGAACAAGUGGCCGAUAGAUCAGUGAGGACAGAUGAGGCGGUUUCCUCGCUGGGUCUGAGCGGAAGUGUUUCUUUUAUUUUUCCAUUUGAAUCCUAUGUCACUCUUGACUGUAAAGAAACCUGCAGACGAUCGAUCUGACAUUUCAGUCCUCAGACCAUCGUCAGGUGAAGUUCACAUACAUGACCGAAAUGCGCUAAUAAAGCGAGUGAUCGAGGGUGUGCGGGAUUCUUUGGUUUCUUUACAGCCAACAACUAAACUUUAUGGUUUGCAAGAACUUGAACUCGUGACCAAACGUCUAAAGUGCUCAAAUGUGUUGAGAGAGAAAAGAAAAUAAUUAGAAUUCAACCAGUUCUUCAUAACAAGUAACAUAAAUUAAACUAAAUCCACGUUAAAGUUGAAAUCAUCAAAAAAAAACAGAAUUUAUUUAAAAAAAA